UGUUCAAUAACUGAGUUGGCUCUUGGUGCUGCUGUAUGUCAGACUUCUCUGCGUUUUUCUUGCUUUCCUGCUUGAACGUGUUCUCGAUGGCUGAUUCUCUCCUCAACCACUCCUGGCCAUCCUUCUCCAAGUUCUGGAUGAAACGAUGGUCUUUUAAGAGAGCUUCGGAGAGUAAACCAUGCACACGACCAAGCGCUCCUGCCUCAGGGAUGAGAUCUUCCUCCUCACCUUCACCCGACAGCUUUUUCAGCAGCACGUCUGAAGAUCAGAGUUCCUGUUUAGCUGAGAGUGAUUUUGAAUGUGAAACAGACGACUUGUUGGACCUGAGUGCUUCCCUGAGAGACUCAGAGUAUUUCAGAGACCUACAGGUCAGACCUGUUAGGGAGUGUGAGCCUUCUGAGAGCCCCCUGCCCGUGGCUAUUGACACAGAGGACAAAACACAGCCCAAGCCAGGACUAUUCAUCUGCCCAUCACCCACACUGCACUGUGGAUCACACAUAGAAAAUCUCUCCACAUUCUACUGUAAAACAAACCUGCUGUCUGACCAGGGAGAAACGAUGGAAUCAGCAGGAAGUUUGGAAGAGAUGUACAUAGAAGACACGGAGAAGGACAGCUUUCCCAUCUUGGUUAGGUCUAUGUCCACCUCACGGAGACACAGCUCGGACAUCCCACUGAAUCCGCUCGACCUGGGGAGAAGGUUUAGUCUGGACACCAGGAGUAUAGACAGUGAUGGGGAGCGAGAGGAUCAGAGCCAGUCUCUGAGCUCAGUGGAGGAAUUUGCUACAAGUGAAGAGACAGAGCUCCCCAAAUCUCCACAGCUGUAUUCCCGAUCGGAGAUUGUGUCGUCAGAUGAGAAGUCUCAAGCUGAUAGAAUCUCACGCAUUCUGGAAACUUCUAAACAGGAGGCCCGAGCUUCUGGAGAGGAACAUGACUCAGAUGAGAAUUUGCGCUCAGCAGAAGGCCAAUGUCACAUGUUAAGGGUACAAAAAGUUCUGCAUGAGCUUAAGCUGUAUCAUUGGGCCAAUCGUAGAAGUGCUGACAGGAAAGAAAAUGUCACCUGGUAUGAAUUUCUCUCCAUCGAAAAUGAGGAGGAAGAGGAGAGAAUGGAGAGAACAGAGAAAGGCACAAAGGUGAAGCGUACUCUGAGCUCGUUGAAGAACAAAAUGACCGGAUCCUUCAACAAAGACAAGGGUAAGAACCGUGAAAAAGAGCAGCAGAAAGAGAGAGACAGAGAGAGGGAAAAGGAGAAAGAGAAGGAGAAAGAGAGAGAAAGGGAGCUGAAGGAGAGCACUUAUGCGGUUAGCAGCAGCUGUAAUGGCCACCAGCUUGUGCGUGGCUCUUUCUCGAGCCGAGCCACAUGCUCAGUGUGCAGCAAGACCCUGCAGAGGAAGCAUGGUCUGCAGUGUGUGAAUUGUGCUGUUAACGUUCACAAAAGCUGUAAGAGUCUCCUGCCUGAGUGCAGCAACAGUAAGAACAAGAGUAAAGAUUUCGCCCAGAAGAACCAAGCAGCUGCUCAACCCAGUAGUCAAGCCUCGAGGGAGUCGUGCCUCGCCUCCGAUGGCGCCAUCCACUUGGCUACAGGCAUGACCGUCCUUCCCCGAGGAGCCAGCAGGCAGCAGAACGCUCACAGCACCAACCACACGCUCAGCCACACCAGCAGCUCCAGCUCUAUCACAGGGGAGAUGGAUGAAGUAGACGCAUUCAAAAUCAAACGCCACAUGGAGGACGCCGUCUCCAUUGCCCCUUCAACGGCUGAGACGGUCAUCGUAGAAGAUGCAUACUACAGCUCUGUGAGAUCGGAGCUGGACUUGAUGGCUCAGGACUUUGAGGUGGAGUCGUGGAGUUUGGCCGUGGAUCAGCAUUUCUUAAAGAAACAUUCCAAAGAAGUGAUUAAGAGACAGGACGUGAUAUAUGAGCUGAUCCAGACAGAGAUGCACCAUGUGCGCACACUUAAGAUCAUGCUGCUAGUGUACGUGCACGAGCUGCGUGAGACUCUGCAGCUGGACGAGCGCAGACUGGACUGUUUAUUCCCACAGCUGGAAAUCCUGCUGGAUCUACACGGCCAUUUCCUGUCCCGCCUCCGAGAGCGACGCCAGGAAACGCUGGAACCGGGGAGCCAACGCAACUACGUCAUCCACAGCGUGUCAGAUAUCCUCAGUGAGCAGUUUUCAGGUGAACUCGGAGAGCGGAUGAAGGAAAGCUACGGCUUGUUCUGCAGUCACCACACCGAAGCCGUCAACUACUACAAAGAACAGCUGCAGAGCAACAAGAAAUUUCAGAACCAUAUAAGGAAACUAAACAACUUGUCUAUCGUACGACGGCUCGGCAUUCCUGAGUGCAUCCUGCUCGUCACACAGCGCAUCACGAAAUACCCCGUUCUCGUAGAGCGCAUGCUGCAAUACACAGAAGCCGACUCUGAGGAACACAAGCAGCUGGCACGAGCUCUGGGUCUGAUAAAAAGUGCCAUAGUUCAGGUGGACUCUCUGGUGAACCUGUACGAGAAGGAGACGCGGCUCAGAGAGAUUGCUGCCAAGAUGGAGCCUAAAGCGUUCGGAAAGAUUAAAGAUGGACGCAUCUUCAGGAGGGAGGACGUGACGCAGGGCAAACGGAGACUGCUUUUUGAGGGCACGGUCAACUGGAAAGCCGCCUCUGGCAGGCUCAAGGAUAUCUUAGCGGUGCUGCUCACAGACGUUCUGCUCCUGCUACAAGACAAGGACCAGAGAUAUGUCUUCUCUGCUGUGGACGGGAAGCCGUCAGUGAUUUCCCUCCAGAAGCUGAUCGUCAGAGAGGUGGCACACGAGGAAAAGGCCAUGUUCCUCAUCUGCGCCUCGUCCAACGAGCCUGAGAUGUACGAGAUCCACACCUCCUCAAAAGAGGAGCGCAACACCUGGAUCACACACAUUCGCCAGGCCGUCGACAGCUGUCCUCACACAGAGGAGAAACUCUUUACUGAAGAGGAGGGAGUGAGACAGCAACGCUUCAGAGAAUUUCAAGAACAUCUGACGAUGAAGGAUGCUCAGAUAAGGCAGGCUCUCACAGACAAGCUGCGGUUGUUUGCCGAUCUGGCCGAGUGUGUGGGAGUUUCAGAGGACGCAGGAACUCGCCGUCAUCUUCUGCUGCGGGGCGACACAUCAGAACUCCAGCAGGGGGAGCAAUUGCUCAAAGGAGCCAUAACAGAGGUGGAGAACCUGCAGAACAUUGUGGUGUCCAGUGUGAAAGUGUUUUCACACACACAAGAGAAUCAGAGUUCCAACUCGCUGCCCAGGAGAGUGGGAACAUUUGGGGGCUACGACAGCACAAUCAGUGUACUGCAGAAACAAGGCAGCAUGAAGAAACACUCAGGUGGAGCAGGAAAGACCAGAGAUAGGAGUCAGAGAGCCAGUUCAGACCCUCAGCUUAAAGAAAUGGCUGCAAGUCAUGGACGGGAAGAGACUGAUAACAUGACUUUACCCAGCUGGAAUAUGAUCUGCUCCAGAUUUUCAAACACAGAGUUCUCGGGCCGGGUUCUGCGGCUUUCCCAGCAGCUCUACAGUCUACAGGCAAUCGUCUCUCAGCAGGACAGCGUGAUUGAGCUGCAGCGAGCAUCUCUGUUCUCUGCAGAGCGGCAGCGGGGCACGGAUGUGCUCCUGGAGCAGGAGAAACAGAGGAAUCUGGAGAAGCACCGUGAGGAGAUGGCUCACUUCCAGCGGGUCCAGGCGCAGCAGCAGCAGGAGCAAGAGCGCUGGGAGCGCGAGCGAGCAAGACAGCUGAAACAGAACGAGGCUGAGCAGCUUCGGCUGCAGGAGAGAGAGGACAUGUGCAGGAAGCUGGAGGAGAGACUUGCUCAGGAGAAAAAGGAGCUGGAGAUCCAGAGGCAGAAAUACCAGCAGGACCUAGAGAGAUUACGAGAAUCCACACGAGCUGUGGAGAAGGACAGAGAAAAGCUCGAACAGCAAAGAAAAAUGAAUAAACGCAAUACGUCAGUCAUCACACCAACAACAUACAGUGCUGACACAGUGCAGCUUCCCAUGUCCUCCAGUUUUAACGGUGACAACUCCGGCUCGGAUUCCAUCCGUCAGUCCCUCCGCUCCACCGUCUCAUUAUCUACUGCUGAUUUCUCUGAAAGGAUAGACCUGCCACCGCGCCGGGAGAGUGGCACCACCGUGCCUGCCAAAACAGAGGUGCCCAUCCACCUGGUCAGCACCACCAACCAGCUUCACAAACAGGGUGGAGUCCAGCAGCAGAUCCCCACCAAGCUGGCCACACUGAAGAGCAAGGACAAGAGCAGCAAAAUCAAAGGCUCCCAGCGCACUGACAGCUCAGCUUCAGUAGACAUGAAGCAGAUGCUCUCUCUGAAACUAUCCCGAGAAACCGAGAGUUCUGUAAAAGUUCGACGCUCCAUCAGUCCUCAUCAGCAGCCUCAGCUUGCUCCACCUCCAAAUACAGAUCCCCCUGUCAUUGGAGAGAAAUACACCUCAGAGCCUCUGAAAGUACAGAACCAGAGCCUCCUACAGUCCUACCCUCUCGCGGAUGACAAAGAAAAGGAGGACGUCAUCUUUUUCUGAGUGUCUCGUUGCAUGCUGGGAUGUGUCACACGCCUCAGUCGAUGCUGGGAUGUGCCGGACAGAGCAUCACAAGAACAGAGAUUUUUUUACCUUUUUAGUUCCCUGGAGGAAAGAAUCUUACACCUUGUAAUUCCCUUUUUAAUAAUGACAAUAGAAGUACAAGAUAAAAGAAGAGGAUAAAGAAGUUUUUAAUGGGAGAAAUGAAAUCUCAGAGGAACAUGUGGAACAAUCCGUGAGGGUACAUGUGAAGGAGAAUGAAGUGACCCAAAUGAAAGGAAGGACAUGAGAUUAAAUGAAGGGUGUAUGAACAGGAGUGAGCUGUGUGUACAUUUACCUCUAAACCUUAUUUCUAGAAAAACUGUCACAGAAUGAUUUGUGGUGUGCGUCACAGAAACAAAAGGAAAAAAGCACAAAUGUUCGGUUGUAUGAGUCCUGUUUUGUUUGUGAAGGAAGCUUUUUAUCACACUACUACCACCUCAUUUCACUGUUAGGCAGAAAACGAAGCAGAACAUUUAGUGCUCAGCUUAUUAGAUUCUAUAAGAUAUCCAGUGAAAUCCUGCCAUGUUAAUACCCUGAAGAUUUUCCUAAAAUCAGAUAAUAUGUAUUAAUUACUUAUUAGUAAUUUUUAGGGAUGCAUCGAGCUAUAAACAAUUCUUAAAUCCUGGAUUGAUAUUUUGAAAUUUUUAUUUUAUUUUUUUUUUAGAUCCGAUCUGCUGCUGCUCUUGUGCGAUGAGUUAAAAAUGUCUUAAAGCCAGCUAUCAGUCUCAAAUGUAAUAGCAGGAAAAGCUUCAAGGAUCAAGUCUCUUCACAACUAGAUUUAUUAAUGUUUAAGUUAGAAUGUGACAAUAGAAACAUAAAACACACAAAAUAUCAUGAUUUUCAGAGCUGUGCGUAAUGAAAAUGUGUGAGCUAAACUAACUUUAUAAAGAUGCUCCAUAUUAAGUACUACUGAAUGGAUUUUAACAUGGUGCCAGGAACAUGAUUCUUAGCUUCAGGGCAAGUUACGUUUGUCAGAGUCAUCUUCUGUUUCUCUCAGUGCCAAACAGAUCAAACAAGCAAAGAUCAAACUUCUGCCUCUCUGUGCUUGAAUGAUGUCUCCACUGAGAGUGAGCUCAUUAAACACACAACACAUGCAUGCUGACGAGUGCAGAAAAAGACUCUGAAGUGUGUGAAACGUGUAUGUGUGUGCUGUGUAUGCACACUGUUCUUAUUUACCAUGUACACUGAAUCUUUUUGGCACUUCUUUUAUUAAUAUUUCCUUUUCCAGCUACUGUUAGAUCAAACAGAAAACUCAAGUUCACUAAGCUGAUUUCUUUCUUUUUUUUUAAAAAAAAAAUGUAUUUAUUUUAAUUUGAGACACACAGCAUCAUGACCCGAGUCAGAUCAGCUUGGAUAGAGAGAUACAAAACAGGAAACAAAACAGAAACCCAGUGAAAGAGUGAAGAUAACAGACACUGAUAAUUUAAUAUUAUGUCGGAUUGCGUUAUUUCCUGUUUGGGUUUUUUCUUUUUAAAUUUCUUACACCAUUGUGAUAAAGAGCAUGUUAUCCACUAAUACAGACUCAGCACAGGGUUCUAAUCGAUUUAACACUUUAAAUAUAUGUAAAAAUACUGGCCUUUUAAAUCAGCAACAGUUUUCAAACGUGGACCAUUAAAUACAAUGUUAAAAAAACAAAACAAUUAAAACUACACAAAUUAGCAAACCGGUGCCAAUUUGAACAAAGUAAAAGCGAUUGGUUACCACAUUACUGCUACCGUUUCCGUGCUCUUUACAUCACUCUUUACAUCACUCUUUACAUCACUCUUUACAUCACUCUUUACUCUGCAGUUUCAAUGUAAUUUAAUUGCUACUAAAAAAUAUUUUGUUGUUUUAACUGCACAUUUGAGAAUCAUACGCGGUUGCCAUGGUUACCCUCCAACAGGCUUACACAGAUUGGAAACCUUGAUUUGGAAUUGAUCUAGUUUAAAUAACAGGAACUGUUAGCCAAUCAGAAGUGAGUAUUUUAUGGCUUGUGAAAAUGAGUUGUUAAAGACUGUCCUGUUGUUACUUUGGUUGCAGAACUGAUUUUGACCUCCUCACUGUUUAAAAGCAAACAAAAAUCCAGCACCUGUUAGCCAAUCAGAAGUGAGUGUUUUUGUGGUCAUAGUACAAGAUGCUAAGUUAAUGUGUUGAUCAUUUAUAUGCCUGUAUUUGUUUUUUUUACACACUCGUUCGUGUGAAUCUGGGACUCCCCUGUGAUCAGAGAACACACUCUGGAAGGAUUUGUGUAUAUUUGCUGUUUGUACUGCAGAGUGCAGGGUCUCUGUGCAGGAGCCCGAAGUUUUAUUGUGUAUAUAUUGUACAUACGAUGUAGAUUUGAUGCUAUGAAGACUUAUAAGACAACAAACUUUAGCGCACAUUUUUUGGAGUAAGGGAAUGUCAAAUUUAAAUGCUGUAAUUCUUCUUAGCCUGUCAAUCAUUUUUCUUUCUCCUUCGCCUUAUUCAGAGCUCAUCCCUUAGUGAGGAACCAAAGAUUCACUCCAAGAUUCUAACAGCACCUUUGCAUCAUUUCCUGUAACACUGUAACAAUAAUCUCUAUCUCUCUUUCUCUCUCUCUCUCUCUCUCUCGCUCCCCCCUCUCUCUUUUUCUCUCUCUCCCCUCCCCUCUAUCUCACAUGAUCACUGUGAUAGUCUUAAGAUGAGUUGUGAUGUUUCAUUGUAUUCUGAGAUGGUUUAUUCAGCCAUGUCUUUUUCCGUGUGGUACUGUGCUCUGUUGAAGCAUAUUUUCCUGUAAUUUGUAACAAAAGAAAAAAAAUUUGUCAUUGCCAAUUACACUAGUCACUUUUAGUAUGGAGCUUGAGGAGUGUGAAUGUGGCGUUUUGUGUGCUUGUAUUUCUGCAGAUGUUUUAAUGAGGUUUGUAGCACGCAGGAGCACUGUGAUUAUUUUAUACUUUUUAAAUUUUACUCACAAAAAGAAAUCUAGCUGUAAGACACAAAAAUUCUUAGAUGUUUCCAUUUUAGUAAUAAAACAUCUGAUGGUA